CAUUGAAGUUUAAGGCUCCAGUCAGCCUGAUUUACUAACUCAAAAGUAAAAUUAAAUUAAUAAUUACCUUGUGUAUUAGUGUGAAAUCUGUUUAAUAAUUGCAUUAGUUUGAUUAGAAUGAACAAAUGAUUAAAGUGUAAUAUCCAAUGGCUUAUACAGAGAAGGUGUCCCUUAAUGGCACCGCACUCUCGUUUUUAUUAUACGAAUGUUUGAAUUCCGUGAAUUGUCAGGAGGGUUUCCUUAUCGGGGAUGUGACUUCACAAAUUACUAACCACAUUUCGGACUCCCAAAAUGACAGCGCCCGGUUAGACACCCAAAUCGUAAUAAGGACUGUAUUGCCAUUGCCAUCUGUUUCGUUAUUUUACCUACCCACCGGUACAAUAAAGGAAGAUACAUUAUCAGAAAUACUUUCAAGUGCUGCAACUGAAGUGGUUGGUUGGUAUAAAUAUAGGAAAAACAGCAGCAUUAAACCCACCUUCAGAGACAAAUUAAUAUCUAAAGGAUUACAAAAGUACUUUGAAAAGUAUCACGGGCGCAAAACUUUUGUUUCGUGCAACGUGUCAAGUAAAACAUCAUCCUCCGGCUCAACUCAUACUUUAAUAUACAGAUUUGGAAAAAUAAAUUGCUUCGAUAUGUAUGAGUAUGUGGAUGAUGUUACAGCAAAUUUGGGUGAAAAGCUUACUGGAUACAAAAAAUCCAACAGAGUAUCACCCCACUGUAUAUUUAACAAAAUAGUCAAAGAGAGCAAUGUUCAAAGUGAUAACACCGAUGAAGCAAUUCUAAAAAUCCAGGAGGCAGUUGAUGUUCGGCUAAUAAAGGAAGCCAAAAUAGCAUCUAAGAAUGAAAGUUCAAUCAGAGAAUUGGAAGCAGAAAUCAAACUAAUGAGUACAAUUUUGGCAGACAAACAAGUAUCAGAUCUUGACAAAGCAUAUAAAAAAAUUGUUGAAGAAAAACUUAUUAACAGAGAAGUUGAAAUGGCCCAAGCUUGUGUGGAGGCAUUAAAGAGUCCUACAACUUUGGACAUACUGAGUGUACCUAAUAUUUUAAUUGAUAGCAUUAGUGGCAAUUUAUCUGACGGUCUGACUUGUACCCAAGUGAAAGACAAUGAAGUGGAAGAAAGAAGUCCUACCCCUGUACGGAUGAUGCCAACAUUAAAUUAUGCUGCAGUGCUCAAGAAAAAUUCUGAUGCAGCUUCCACAAGUAAAAGCACCUUCAGUGAAGAUUUAAUCACCUUUGAUGUGAAAGAGAAUCAUUCUAAACCAAUCCUUAUCAAUGACUCUCCAAGUGGUGGCGGAAGCUCCCCAGAGUAUUGAAUGUGCCUUAUUGAUGUAUAAAAUAUAAUUAAGUUACCAUAAAACAUAACAUACUAACCUGUUAAUAAUCGUCUCAAAUAUUCAUGGUGUAAUAACAUUUUCUUGAUGUUCAGUGUUGUCAUUUCAAUAUUAUUGUUUCAAAAUUACUAUGCAGUAAUUGAUGAUUGUUUAGUUUGUUACUAAAUGUUGUUCCAUGAAAAAUGGUGUUCUGUAAUAAUUUCAGAUUCUACUUAAUUUACCAAAUUUGUCAAAUCUUUUCGAUUUAUAGCAUUAAGUAACCUUAGUUAUUAUUUAAACAGUUGUAUCAUUAAUGUUAUGAUAUGAUAUAUAAUUACAAAGAUCCUGUAUAUAGCUAUAUGUAAUUUCAAAAUGUUAUUAGAAAAUAAAUCAACAUGACGGGAAAGAAAGUAUUUUUGUAACAAAAAACAAUACAUGAUUUUCAAUUAUAUCCGAUUCAACUUUUGCAACUACA